UCGAGUCAGUCUGCGUCCGCCAGUCGUCGCGACGUCCUCGCGAAACCGUCGAUUCCCUCUUUGCGACUAGCUGGCCCUCCUCCUCGUCGUCUUACGACUCCUGCGUACAUCAUAGAAUUUUCAAAUACUUUAAGAGGCACUUCUUGCUUUUUACAAUUUUCGACAAAUUUCCAAUAAAGUAAUUCUCAUACUUUCCUCUUGAUUAAAUUCGAAAGAGAAAGUUCUUCGAGUGGUAUUCGUUAAUCGUUUGCUCUAUCUUUCUCGGGAAAGUGUUGAAGAAGCUACAUAUAAUAAUAUAUUUUAUUAUUUUGACGUUUGGAAAAAAGCAUCGCCGAGACUAGAAGAUACAGAGAGACAGUGAUAUCGGUGAGAUAUAAGAGAAAGUGAAGAUAUAAUAUCGAAAGAGGGAAAAGAAAAAGAGAAGAUUUUUCUUUCACGGAAGAUAAUAUCGACUGUUUUCGAAAACUCUGCCCUCUAGAACGCUCCAUUUUCUCUAGCUUUUUUUUUCCUUCGACGACGUAUAAACUUCCUUAGCUUUUACGCUCUUAUCGCAUUCGUAUAAAAAGCGGUGACUUUUGAAGGAACUUCGGUAAGCGGAAACUCGGAUAUACCGUGCACGCUCUUUGAGAGCUUUUCCCGAGCAUCCAGAGUCAGUUCGAUCGUUGCUCCAUUCGAAGACGACGUCGACGACGACGGAUGGGUCCCCCGUUUUGAUCUCCCAUCGAAGAUCUGCUAUCCCUCUGCUACUUUCUGAUCCGGUUAUAUAUUUCUUGGACGUUAAGAAUUUCCUUUCGAGAGCUCGAUCGAGCAAAACCGGCGCGUGCGUUGUCGGCCGUGUAUGUCCGAGCUCGGCGAUUCGCAGAAAACGGUGAGCGCGUCCUCUGCAUGACAACGGGAGUAACAUCAACAGCGAUGAAGAUGAGCAAAGUGGGCAAUCAGACGAAUUCGCAGGACCCACAGGCAGUGAAUUCCCGGGUGUUCGUCGGCAAUCUAAACACGUUUCAGUGCAGUAAGACCGAUGUGGAGCGAAUGUUCCAACGUUACGGUCGUCUCGCCGGGAUUUCCAUGCACAAAGGAUACGCCUUCGUGCAAUUCACGAAUCCCUUUGACGCACGCAGCGCCUGUCUUGGCGAAGAUGGCCGUACCGUUCUCAGCCAGAUACUCGACGUCAAUAUGGUAGCCGAGCCGAAACCUCAUCAGACCGGCCGAAAGCGUCAGAAUGUUACCAAAACUGGGAACGAUUGGGACUACUACUACGACAGUUACUAUGCAUCGACCGCUUUUCCGCCUCGUUUGGCACCGCCUCUGAAAAGACCCCGUUUGAUGCCACCGGCCCGAUCCCAACAUCCGAAGCAACAGAAACAACAGCCGAGCAACAAUACUGCCGCUGUGCCGGACUUGAAUCAACUCAAAGUAUACAGUAAUCCAGACAUACUUAUAUGCGGCAACUGCAGGGAAAUGUUCACCGAUCUCGGGGAGCUGCUCGAACACAAGCGGAACUACUGCAAACUGCGGUUCACAUGUAAAUGUCACACCUUCAACGGAGCCGCCCCAAGAGACUCCACGACGGCACUGCUCUGUGUGCUUUGCAAGGUGUCCUUUCCAACGGCAUGGGAACUGAUGGUUCACGCUCAAGCUGCUCAUAUGAUAAACAUCUACGAACUUGGUACACGGCCACAGAGUCCAAGAUCAACGCAGAGUCCACCACAAAGUCCGAGCCAGCACGCCAAGGAAUCGUCGCCUUCGCCUCAGGACUUUCAAGAGAUCAAAGCCACGGAUUGCGAGGAACGCGUCGAAGAGGAGGAUCUUGACGGGCAUGAACUAAUACCAUCCCCUGACAGUGGCAAGUCAACGGACAACGAGGCCGCUCUAUCUCCGAUCAAAAUACGAUCCGACGUUAAUGGCCUGGAUCACGAGGAUUGCGACGAAUUGAUCCAGGUCGAGAACACAGCUCAGGCCUGCAUCAUGCACGCCCUUAGCAUCGACUCGUCGUUGGAGCUCAAUUCCGACACGAACUCGAGGGGAAGUUCUGGCCCGGUCAUGGCGUUGACUAAUGGAUCCUUGUCCGCAAAGGAAUAAGUCAGAAAGAAUUAACCAAAGGAAUAUGGUCUUCCCUUACCUAGGGAUUCCCGAACCAACGCCACCAACGAGACAUAUCGAUCUCCUUUUAAGGAUAUACAUGCAUACAUACAUACACUUAAACAAAGAUAUACACACAGAGAACCGCCAUGUAUAUAGCUUAAAUGCCUAAGAAAUAAUUCAGGGUCGUUCCAUGCCAUAUACUCAAACCCAUCUUGGACAUUGCGGAUUUUCGGUAUCAAUCGAGAAGGAGUCGAGGAAAGGACCGGGUAUGAGAAGGUGAAAUAUUAUCAGGAGAAUUCGAGACUAUCGAACAAAGAUCAAGCGUUUUGCCAUCUUCCGUUGGAAUUUCGAUGUUCGACUCCUAGGCAGUUCGUGAUUCUAGUCAAACACAUAUACGCGCACGCAGACACAGAGAGAGAGAGAGAGAGAGAGAGAGAGACACCUACAUUAAUAAAUGACGAAUAAAGGAGAUUGUUCUCUAAAAGUCUAGGAGUAUUUUAUCGGACAUCGAAAUGCGACCUACUCAAAUUUUACGAUAAAGGAAGAAAAUAGAGAGAAAAGCGAAAUUUGAUUCACGAUUAGAUCUUUCUUGAAACGUUUCAUCGUUAAAACGUGGCCCCUCUCAAAGAAAAAAUUCGAUGCAUUAGUAUGACGGCUCCCAUGAAAAUGAUCGAGUAAAGAAAGAGGAAGAAAAAAAAAGGACAACGAUUUGUAUCUUCAACCUAGAAUCGAAUGUUUCUCAUCUGUGAUAAUAUUGUGAAUCGCCUUGCUUUGAUCGAUAAGUCUAUAAUAUUUUUACUUUAGACACCGCGAAUCGAAAUGGAAAUGAAAGUUACGAGUUUCGAAAAAAUGCUAAAAUAACGAGAAAACGAAUCGAUCUUAUUUCUUCGAUCUUUUCGAAUCCCUGAUUCGUUUCACAUCGCAAGUAACAAAUCUGUAAAUGAAACGAGGGAAAAAAUGCUCUUACCUUUUCUUUUCUCCCCUUUCGUUCUUUAAUGCGAAUUUAGUUGUUAGAAAAUCAUUUUAGAAGUAGAACGUAUAUAUAGAGGUAAUCAGACCGUCCGUACGUGGUAGCUACGAAGGAUUUAUAGAUAAAGGUUUCUUCUGAAUACACAUGGCACAGAAAUAAAGAGAAAGAGAGAGAGAGAGAGAGAGAGAGAGAGAGAGAGAAAGAGAGACGCGAAAGAAAGGACGAUGAGCACGAUGAUGCGAUGUAAAUAAAGAAUAUUUUUUGCGUUACUUUACAUACAUACUUGCAAAACGGUGAUGAAGGAAAAAGUAAAAAAGAAAAGAGAGAAAGAAAGAUUAAUUACCUCUUAGAGAGUUGUAAAUAUACGCUUGUAAUUUAAGUUAGUGCUUAAAAAAAAUUAGAAAAACAAGAAACUGAAAGAAAGAGAAAAACAAGAGAUAGUCAGUGAUCUAUUGUCUUAUCGCGAGUACGAUUACAAAAAUAAGGAAUAUUUUAUCCGCGCGUAUAAAAAUCCUUUGGACUUUCGCAAAACGCUUUUAAUUACAUGUUUUUCAAAUACAUAGAUACAUAAAUACGUCGACAUGUACCGUUAUGGCAUGGAAUCGACCUGUAUCAUUUAUCGAGUAAGGUAUUUUAAAUUUAAAAUUAUUAGUCGAACAUAAACGCGGGGAUUGAUCGUGAAAAAUGUUCGUUUCAUGAUUCGCAAGGCUCCUCCACUCUUAUUAUAUGACCUUCCUUUUGUAGCGCUCACACGACGACGUAUACAUGCACGUAUACAUAAUACCCACACACGUAUGCAACACGCCGCAAAGAAAGAAAGAAAAGUAAAGAAGGAGAGAGAGAGAGAGAGAGAGAGAGAGAGAGAGAAGUAGAGAAAUGAAAAGCAAAAAACACAUUAAAAUUUUUCGAAAAACGAAAAAUUAGCGUGCAAUAAUUGUUAAGACGUUCAAUAUAUCAAACGUGUAUUUUUGAUGAUGUACGAAUCCAAUUUUCUUCCAUUAAGAAGAGGAGAGAGAGAAAGAGAGAGAGAGAGAGGGAGAGAAAGAAAGAGAGAGAGAGAGAGAGAGAGAGAGAGAAAACGUCGUUUGAUUUAACCCUCGCUAUUUUUCUUCUUUUUCCUUUUUCUUUCUACUUUUCAUUCAUCUCGCCUGUGAAUCGCAUUAUUGUAGAGCAGAGUUUGGAAACUUUACACAAACGAUCGUAUUAACCGAGUGACAAUCCAGCGAUUCGUUUCCAAGGGCGACAAAAAAAGAAAAAGAAAAAAGGAAAGUCUUUAAUUACUCUACACGUACGAUCAAUGAUCCAUUGAUCCUUCUCCUUGAUUCUUCAUCGAAUUCUUCAUCUAUGAUUCGAUAACAAAAAGAAAAAAAGAAAAAGAAGUAGAAAAAAAGAGUGCAUGGAAUUAUGUUUUAUGGACGUAAUGCCUUUUUUUAUUCUUGUUUUUCGUUUUCCGAAACCGUUCACUUCGUUGAAAUAAUUCAAAGUGUGUCCAUAAGAGAUAUGAUAAAAAGAACAAGACAAAAAGAAUAAUGAAAUAAAUAAAACACUUAAAAAAGAAAGAAAAUAGGAAAGAAAAGAGAAACAGAAACAUAGAAAAUUAUAUUUGGUAUGAAAAUAAAAGUGAGUUAUAUG